CACAGGUCUAGCUUUUGGAUUCUUCCAACAUGUCGAGCUCUUACCGAAGCAGGAUCCAGGAAUUCAAGGUGGCCUUGAGUGAAGAGAAGCUAGACUUGAAUGCACUCCGGGAACUUUGCUUCAGCGGUAUCCCAUUUGAAGGAGGCAUCCGUGCACUUUGCUGGAAAGUCCUUCUUAACUACCUGCCUCUGGACCAGACGAUGUGGGACUCCUUUCUCAAAAAGCAGAGGGAGGGUUAUUCCCAGUUCCUGAAGGAGAUGAUUAUCCAGCCCGGCAUCGCUAAGGCCAACCUGGGCCUCUCCAGAGAGGACGUGACCAUGGAGGACCACCCUCUCAACCCCAGCCCAGAGAGCAAGUGGAACAACUACUUCAGAGACAACGAGGUGCUGCUGCAGAUUGAUAAAGAUGUCAGGCGUCUGUACCCAGACAUGGCCUUCUUCCAGUGGCCCACAGACUACCCCUGCCAGCUGAUCCUGGACCCCCAGAAUGACUAUGAGACCCUCAGGUGCCGUGUGGAACAGACCACCCUCAAGGCCCAGACCGUGGACCGCAACCGCAGCGGGGUCACCAACGUGAGCUCCCCGGGCAAGGCCCUCAACCUGUACCCUUCCAACGAGUACGAGGUGCUGCCCAAUGGCUGCGAGGCCCACUGGGAGGUGGUGGAGCGCAUCCUGUUCAUCUACGCUAAGCUCAACCCGGGCAUCGCCUACGUGCAGGGCAUGAACGAGGUGGUGGGACCCCUCUACUAUACCUUCGCUACCGACCCCAACGACAAGUGGAGAGAGCACGCUGAGGCGGACACCUUCUUUUGUUUCACCAACCUGAUGUCGGAGAACCGGGACAUGUUCAUCAAGAGUCUGGACGACUCACAGUGCGGCAUCACCUACAAGAUGGAGAGCGUCUACUCCAUGCUCAAGGAGAAGGACAUGGAGCUCUACAUUAAACUGCAGGAGCAGAACAUCAAGCCUCAGUACUUCACCUUCCGCUGGCUGACCCUGCUGCUGUCUCAGGAGUUCCUCCUGCCCGACGUCAUCCGCAUCUGGGACACGCUCUUUUCCGACCAGGACCGCUUCAACUUCCUCAUCCUGGUCUGCUGCGCCAUGCUCGUACUGAUUCGAGAUCAGUUGCUGGCGGGAGACUUCACGAUCAACAUGAGACUGCUGCAGGACUACCCCAUCUCAGAUGUUCACACCAUCCUGGCCAAGGCCAAGGAGCUUCAGGACGGGUCAUAGCCACCCCUACCUCCCUUCUCCCUCCCUUGGUUGGGGAGGGGAGGAUGCACCAUUAAACUGAUAACCCUGGGCACAACAAAGGAGGGAGAGGAAGACACCUGGCGCCGGGUUGGUGCAAGGUUGGUAGGAGAAACCAAACUCAGUACUUAGGCUUGUCGUCUCACUCUCACAGCCUGACAGUUUUUCCACUGGGAGGGUGUGUGGCCUCAAGCUAUUUAUUUUUGCACUGAACACUUGAAAAAAAGUGUACAAAUCUGCAUAUAUGAAGCAGAGAAACCACAGUAACGAUUACAACAGAAGCAUCAUUAUAAAGUCUGCCAGGGCUAAUAUAACACUCCUUGGGGUUUUUUCAGGGUGUUUCUUUUUAGUGGGUUGGGAAUAACUUUUUUUUUUACUGUCUUAAGUGAAGUUUUUUUUUUUUAUCAUUAAGAUGAAAUAUAAUACUACCUUGUAAAGACUAACCACAACAACAACAAAAAAUGUUGCCACAGGGUUUGCUUUAAAGUAUAGAUUGUUAUGACAUUGGGCCUCAACGCAAGCAUCCUCUCUCCGUUUUCAUGACCGUGCUCAGAUAUUUACUCUACGCACAUGAGCUACACGUCUGGACAGUUUAUAGCUGGUUGUAACCUGAUUUCGUGUCUAUGGAAUCGCCAAUAUUAAUGUAUGUUUGCUGUCAAACCAAUGGGAUGUGAAACUUGUUUUAUAAUUUUUUGGGUGUGUCAUGUAGCAGAAGCUCUUAUCCAGAGCGACUUACAGGUGCAAUUAGGGUUAAGUGCCUUGCUCAAGGGCACAUCGGCAGAUUUAUCACCUAGUCGGCUUCUGAAUUCGAACCAGCGACCUUUCGGUUACUGUCCUAACGCUCUUAACCACUAGGCUACUUGCCGUCCAACCCACUAACCUAACUGAAAUUGAUACAUUGAUGACGAUGAUAAGGUUGCUUUUGAUGUGAGGGCAUUACUAAGCAAACAAAUCAAUUCAAUUGGGCAUUCAUUUUUUAAUAAUAUAUUUUGACCUAUCUCUGUUCGCAUUGAGUGGCCAGAAUAAACCAGAAUACAUUAAACAUGAAUGACAUCUGGUAAAUGAAGCAUAACACAUUUUGCUCUGCAUACUGUAAGAUUAUUACAGAGAACAAAUGAUUGAUAAUAGUAGCUGAGUAUUUAUCAUGGAUAAAUGACUGACAUUGAAAGGCUAUGAUGAUAACAUUUAUGUAUUCACAUAAUGGAGUUGACAGAUAAGAGUUGAAAAAUAACAGAGUUGAUUACUUAAAAUCACUAUGAUUGAAUGUUAUUGAUUUUUUUGAUUUUUUUUUAACGCUAACACUUACCACAAAGCUAAGACACCCUUGAAAUGUAUUUACCUUUUCAAACAGUAGGACCUGCAUAAUAAUGUGAUACUUUAAAGUACACAGAUAAUGACUUGCUUUGUUUUCAUCAAUAUUGUGAGAAUGAUACAACAGUUACCUUUUUACUGUUUGCGUUUCAGUUUUAUUAGCAUUCCCUAGAAAUUCCAAGUAUCACCAUCCCUUUCAGUGGCAAGAUGGUAUCAGUCUACAUUCUAACACUAUUUCAGUGCCAAGAUGGUAUCAGUCUAUAUUCUUUUCUUUUUUCUUUUUUUUUACAUAUUUUUCUCCCCAAUUUCAUGGUCUCCAAUUGUCUCAUAGCUGCAA